UCGGCCGAGGAGGACGGGAGCGGACAGGUCCGAGAGGCGGGGGAGGCGCAAGAGGCGUCACCGCUGCCCGAGCCGCCUGAGAUCUUCGUGUGUCCCAUCACCCAGGAGCUGAUGCAGGACCCCGUCAUGGCGACCGACGGGCACACGUACGAGCGGCACGCCGUCGAGCGCUGGUUCGCGACAAGACUCACGAGCCCAAAGACAGGCGCGGCGCUUGACCUGGCCUUGCUUCUGCCCAACCAUGCCAUGCGGCACCAGAUUAUUGAGUGGCGCGAGGCGCAUGGAUGGAAGUAA